CGGAGCGGUUUUUAGGGCAGUGACGCACGAGGCGCGGAGGGAUAUAUAAGACACGAUGCCGGCGUUAACUGCCUGUGCUUCAUUCAUUCUGACCGGCAUUCGGGCUGCAGGAGUGUCGAAAAUUUCCUCAAAUUUCAGAAAAGUACUGCCUAAAACUACUUCUCUUUCGUACCGACUACUUUGUGACGACGCGAUGUCUCGUUCUUUCGACCGUGGGGACAGGAGAGGAUAUGGUGGUGGUGGCAGCAGUUAUGGCGGCCGCGGGGGUGACCGUGGAGGUAGAGGGGGUUACGGGUCCGGCGGGGGCGGCUUUGGGGGGUCCAGAAACGGGUGGAAGGACUCCCAGCCGGGCGAGAGGCUCCGCAAACCCAAGUGGGAUCUGUCCAAACUGGUGCCCUUCGAGAGGAACUUCUACCAGGAACAUCCCAACAUCACCAACUUUACAAUGGCUCAAGUUGAGCAGUUCCGAGGUGAAAGAGAGAUCACUGUUCGAGGCCACAAUGUUCCAAAACCUGUCGUAGAGUUCCACUACGCCUCUUUUCCAGACUAUGUAAUGGAUGAGAUCAGGAACGCUAACUUUGAGAAGCCGACGCCCAUCCAGGCACAGGGGUGGCCUGUGGCGCUACAGGGCCGAGACAUUGUGGGCAUCGCACAGACAGGCUCAGGGAAAACUCUCGCUUACAUGUUGCCAGCCAUAGUUCACAUCAACCACCAGCCCUACCUGGAACGUGGGGAUGGUCCAAUCUGCUUGGUUCUAACGCCGACCCGGGAAUUAGCGCAGCAAGUUCAGCAGGAGGCCUCUAAGUUUGGCAGAAGUUCCCGGAUAAAAAACACGUGUGUGUUCGGUGGUUCUCCUAAAGGACCACAGAUUCGAGAUCUCGAGAGGGGUGUGGAGGUCUGCAUCGCCACCCCGGGGCGCCUGAUCGACUUCUUGGAGGCGGGAAAGACGAACAUGCGGCGCUGCACGUACCUGGUGCUGGACGAGGCAGACCGCAUGCUGGACAUGGGCUUCGAACCCCAGAUCAGGAAGAUCAUCGAACAGAUCAGGCCUGACCGUCAGACCCUGAUGUACAGUGCCACCUGGCCCAAGGAGGUGCGGCAGCUAGCUGAAGAGUUCCUGAAGGAGUACACACAGAUCAACAUCGGCGCCCUGCAGCUCUCAGCCAACCACAACAUCCUGCAGAUUGUGGAUGUGGUGCAAGAACACGAGAAGGACAACAAGUUGAGUCGUCUGCUGGAGGAGAUCAUGGGGGAGAAGGAGAACAAAACCAUCAUCUUCGUGGAGACCAAACGCAGGGUGGACGACCUGACACGCCGCAUGCGCAAAGAUGGCUGGCCUGCAAUGUGUAUACAUGGAGACAAGUCUCAGCCAGAGAGAGAUUGGGUUCUGAACCAAUUCCGAUCUGGAAAGGCGCCCAUCCUAGUGGCCACUGAUGUUGCAUCUCGAGGUUUAGACGUGUCAGACAUCAAGUUUGUCAUAAACUUUGACUACCCCAACUCGGCCGAGGACUACGUCCACCGGAUCGGACGGACGGCACGAAGCGACCGGACCGGCACGGCGUACACCUUCUUCACGCCGAGCAACCUGAAGCAGACGAAAGACCUGGUGUCAGUGCUGCAGGAGGCUCAGCAGCAAGUCAACCCCCGUCUGCUGGAGAUGGUGCAGGCUGCAAGGAACAGCUUCGGGGGAGGCAGAGGAGGUGGCAGGCGCUGGCGGUAUUAGAGAAUUCCCGUAGUUCUCAAUGCCUUGCAAUGUUCUCUCAUUGCAGAUCGCCGACGGUACCGGCCCGCCGGUGGGAGGGACGACCGAGGGGGGAGGGAUUUUGCUGGCAGCCGGGGGGACAGGGGCAGCGGCUGGGGUAGUAAGGGGGGCGGGGGGAGCUCCCGUGGGGGGUUAGGGGGUGGCAAUCGCGCCGGGGGGUUCGGCGGCCAGGGGGGGAACAGUAGGGGGGCUGGUAGCCAGUUUGGCGGUGCCGCGGGCGGCCAGAAGGGUGGUUUCGGGGCGUCCGGUGGGCAACAGUUCGGCGCGAUGCCGGCUAUGAAUGGCGGCGGGGUUCCAUCGCUGAUGUCCCAAGUCGUACAGCCCUUCCAGAAUAUGAGCAACACGACCGGCUACACGGGCUACCAGUACCAGUAGAGCUCACUCACCUCGUGGACAUUCCUGAUAUGAGACGAUCAAUCGAUUCUCAGCAAUAAUGAUAAUAACGUACCAGAUAUCUCGUGCUCGGUGGUGUUGGUACCUUGUAGGAAAGUAUAUGAUGUAUUUAGGCAUAUUCUUGAGAGGAAAAAACACCACAUGAAGCUUGUACAGUUAAGAGAUAUUUUAGAAGUUAAAGCCAGUGCCAGAUCUUCUCUCUGAAAAACGAAGUAACCAGUAAGGAAGCAAAGACACUACUACAUUUUGGACGAGAACUCCUGUAGCUAAGACUGAAUGCUGGACAGAUGAAAGUAAAGUUUAUGGCAUGGGGGUUUAUGUAAGUGUUUGGGGUUUAAUGUUUUGUUCUUGAUGUUUUUUAGCACUGUAAGCACCCAUGAUAUUGGUGUGUAUUUUCAAAGAAGUGUAAUUAAGAUGGCUGAACGAUAUAUAUCUCGAGUCUGACUUGGUAAGGCACAUCCAGAAGACCAUUGUGUACAGUGAUUUUGACCGUCUCGUAGUUACAUGUUGCAUUUCUAUAAGGGACCAUUGUUGUUUGUGACAUAAACACAUUGCUAAACGUCGAGUCAAUGAAGACUUCAGCCAACUUUUUUUAUUUAUUUCAUCUUUUACUAUAAUACGUAAGGAGUAAGUGAAGGCGUCCUAAGUUAUUCUGUAGGAGAGACUUUUGUGCUGUAUUAAACAGCUUACGCACAACUCCAAUU